CUUUUGCAGUAUCAUAAUAUUUUCAUACUACAGUAUUUCAUACUUAACUAUACAUCAUUGUCAGUUCGUUUUCACGAUUUUCGUUUUCUUAUCGUACUCGUCUUCACUGUGCAAUGAUGAAAAAGUUUUAAGUGAAUUCUUCAAAUUUCCUUCCAUAGCCAUGAUAUUAGAAACAAAAAACUUUCUAGUGUAAAUUGAUUGGAAAGAAUUGCAACUGAAAUGUAACGUUGGCUACUCAAUGAGUUGAAGAGCCUCGUGUGUACCAUAUAGAUUCCUCGCAGAACAUUCAUAUUUCAGAACAACCAUUAUCAGUUAUUACCAAUUUUAAAGGAAACGCAUGCUAUCGUCUUUCUAAUUACCGUCUUUUCUCAGUAUCGUGAAUAAAUUAACGUACAAUCGACUGAACAAGCAAAUUGCAAUCUAUCUGCUUUUCUCAAAGAUAUUGCACUGAGAGACUGUUGCGUGAUAACUUCUCCUUAACAGCUGUUUAGUAUCACAGGCUGUGCCGAUGUAUGAUGUAAUUAUUCGCUAUUAUCAUUGAGUCAGCUAACGCUAUAAGAAAUUAUUAACGUGUACGUUGCUUUCUGGUCUACAUAGUGGUAUGGUUUAUUAAUUUACUCGUGUGUGCGAUAUAAUGCUAUAUAGGGUGAACAUCUGCGUAUUACGUUGCGAUAUAAUAGUCUUCUGUCAUCGAGGAAUUCGUUCGUAUAAUACUUCACCUCGUUCCUCGUUUCGUACUUACUCCAUUCUAUCCAUAAAGCGAGUACCAGUUCGUUGAAGUUAUGUUGAAACAAUUCACGCCGGAGAAAGUUAUUCGCAUGAUAAAACUGAGCGUAGCGUUGUGUUGCUGUUGGCCACUUCCUGUCACAAGUAGCAGAAUUCGCGUCUGUGGUUACAAAGUUCUGCAAAUUUUCACCGUUAUCAGUGCUUGCUUGGUGCUUCUCCCUCUGUUAUAUUCGACUUAUUUGCACUCGGACGAUAUCGUCAUUGUUUCGAAAUGUAUCUGCGUAUCGAUAGGUAUGAGUCAACUUAUCGUACAGACGCUUAUAUGUCUGAUCAAGCACGACUCCCUGCAAGUAAGUGCAACAUCUUCAGAUUUAUUUAUGUAGAAUAUUCCUAGACGUGUAACAGUUGGUUAAUCCUUCGCUGGUAUUAUGGGUCACUAAGUUUCUUCACUAUUCAAUUUUUCUCAAAUCCUUUUCACCAAACUUCUAUUUUUAUUGCGAAAACUUUGGCUGCACAUUAAAUUAGAGACUAUGAAUAAAUGCCCCGGAAUUUUUCCAAAUUUUUUUAACAUCCGAGACAACAAGAAAUCAGGCGAGAGAAUGAAAGACCUGUAAUGCCGGCGGAUGGUUAAAGAUCAUUCGCUGAAGAAUAUCUUUCAAAUCCUGUAGAUCUACAAACACUGUUGCCAAACAACAAACGUUGUUCAAUUAUAUAACUUCGACUUUGAAAUACAAUUAAUUAAAGUUCCAACCUUAGUAACGUUAUAUUAAAUUUUCUAAUUAACAAAAGUAUUACCAUACCACGAAUUGAUUUCUUUCGAAGUCUAAAUUUUCAAAUUUUAAAGCUUCCAAAUAUUCACUAUGGGUUAUAGCGUGUAGUCGGAGAAAUGGUGGCUUGUGUCAAACAGGCGGAACAAUACGAAACGGAGAUUUUCUACAAGUACAUUGCAAAGUGCGACACGUUUUACGGUGGUGCCAUUGUAUUUACAUACUUGACUGCAACUGCUUUUUUACUAGGACCUGCGAUCAUGCCGGUUUCCUUCCCGUUAGAUGCUGAAUAUCCAUUCCGCGUUAAUUACACACCGGUAAAUGUUCUCAUAUAUCUGCACCAAUCGGUAGUCAGUUAUCAGUGUUCUGCAAACGUAUGCUUAUGCAUAUUUGGAGCGCUUCUAUUUUGGUUCACGGCUGCGAGGUUCGAAUGUCUGGCAAUCGAAUUUGAAAAAAGUUCGAACAUCGAUAUGCUGAUCGCUUGCGUCGAGAAACAAUUAUACUUGAGGAGAUAUGCGGAAGAAGUGGUCAGUUGCUUUCGUUUUGUGGUGCUUUAUACUAUAGCGGUAACGACAUUUGCAAUGAUUCUAUGCGGUGUUAUAAUGAUCAUGGAUGCACCGUUAAUUGUAAAGAUGCAAUUUAUAACCAUAUGUGUUACUGUACUGACGGAAGUCUAUAUGUACGCGUGGCCAGUUGAUCAUAUGAAGGAAAUGAGUUUACACAUUUUGACAAGUGCAUACAACUUAUUAUGGUACGAGCAUACAGUAAAAAUGCAAAAGAAUUUACUGAAUGUAUUAUUGUACCAAAAACCGGUGUUUUUUUCCAUCAGUUGUUUAGUGCCAGAGCUCUCUUUGCGCUAUUACUGUUCGUUCUCCAUAAAUAUCCAUAUAACGUGCCACUAUUCAGUCGAGCACCGUCUCUUUCGGCGUAUAUACGCAAGUCAAACAUCUUGAAUGAUGAAAUCAUGUUGAAACAAGUGACGCUGGAGAAAGCUAUCAACAUCAUUUGGCUCAGUGUAGCUUUGACCUUCUGUUGGCCGCUUUCAGUGAACAGUAGCAGAACUCAAAUCAUAGUCUACAAAAUCAUGCAAAUUUGUGGAAUCAUUAGCGUUUGCUUGCUACUCUUGCCAUCAGUAUACACGAUCUACUUGUACCCGGACGAUAUGGAAGUUGUAUCGAAAAGCGUAAGCCAAUUGCUAUGCGAGGUUCAAGGUAUCAUUCAGACCGUUAUAUGUUUCUACAAGCACGACAAUCUACAAAAUCGGUUACAGUGCAUAGUCGAAGAGUUGUGGACAUGCAUCAAACAGGCCCAACAAUACGAGAGAGAGAUUUUCUGCACAUAUCUCGUGAGAUACAGCACGUUAUACGGAGGUUAUUUAGCGAUUGCUUACGCGAUGGUGUUUCUUUUCACUGUCGGACCUCUGAUCCUUCCAUUUCCCUUUUUAAUACAAAUGGAAUAUCCAUUCGACGUUAAUCGUACGUUAGUGAGCACUGUCAUACGUGCGCAUCAGAUCGUCGUUUUUUAUCAAUGCUGCGCGCAUAUGUGCCUAUGUGUGUUCGGAGCGCUUUUAAUUUGGUUCGCGGCCGCGAGAUUCGAAUGCUUGAUUGUGGAAGUGCAGAGAAGCACCGACAUCCGUAUGCUGGCCGUUUGCAUCGAGGAACAAUUACGUUUGAAGAGAUACGCGAAAGAAGUGGUUAAUUGUUUUCGUUUUAUGGUACUUUCUGUUAUAGCAACGUGCACAUUUGUCAUGACACUAUCCGCCAUUGUGAUGACUAUGAAUACACCGUUAAUGGUGAAAGUGAUGUACACAAGCUUGACUUCGUACUUUAUUCUGUACAUUUAUAUGUAUGCGUUGCCAGCUAAUCAUAUGAAAGACAUGAGUUUGAACGUUUCACAAAGUGUAUAUGAUUUAAAGUGGUACGAAUGUACCAUGAAAAUGCAAAAACAUAUAUUGAACAUGUUGACGUAUCGAAAACCGGUGAUCCUUUCCAUCAGUUGUCUAGUGCCAGAACUGUCUAUGCGCUAUUAUUGUUCGGUAAGAUGAGUUGACGUUCGAAUAUCGAUUGAAGGAUUUGCUGCAAUAAGAAUCACCUUUUAGUAAUAUCAGUAGAUCAACAGAAAUAAGAAGGUAAUAUUAUAGUCAAUAUUUUUAACGAUGUUCACAAAUUUUUAACAUCCGCAAUACAGAAAUUCAUAAUCAACUGAUGUUCUUUUACUAACAAUAUCUUCUAGCUUUGA